UGAGAAGUUGAAACGGGGCAGGGUAAAAAGAGACCCAGCAGGCUGUGCUUUUAAAAGACCGGAGGAGACUAUAAAACUGGUUUCAUACCCGCUGCUGUAAAGGAUCGGCACGAUAUGAGCGCAGACAGACGGAGUGAAAAGGAUGAGCGUCUUCUCCAGUAGACCCGGCGCAGUUUGACACGUUUCCCGAGCUGGAGUCACUAAGCGGUCUGUUUUCCAAGCGGGGCCUCAUUAAAACAGUUCUGCUCUUACUUUUGAUGCCACGGAAAUGGGAUCGCACCAACGAGAGAGCGUGUCCGCGCUUUGCAGGAAAAGUUUGCUUUGGACAGUGCUGAUACUCUGGCUGAGCACGCUGGUUAACGGGACCUGGAAGACGGGACUUUACAAAACCUAUUCAGUCGGGACGCAGCUGAACAGAGACCAGACAGCAGCCACCCACAGCUCAGUCUACCAGAAAAGGAACUGGUGUCCUCAUACGGUCACUAAGACUGUGACCUGCCAGGUGCAAAAUGGGACAAUCCUCCAGCGGGUGUACCGGACAUGCCCCUGGCCACAGGGAUGUGCAGGAGGCAGCUACAAGACCGUGGUCAGACCUUCCUAUAAAGUGGUGUACCGCACUGUGACUUCCCUGGAGUGGAAAUGCUGCCCGGGAUUCAGCGGUGCUGCUUGUGAAGAAGAUGCAGGAAACCGGCUUGUAGCUCAAGAGGCAUUAAGAAAACCAUCUACUCUACGCCGGCCACCUGCACGCACGGGAGAAGCAAUCUCCAAUUGUCUCAACUGCAGUCGAAUCACUGCUAUGAGCGACAGGCUGAACACACUGGAGGAGAAGGUCCAAUUACUCACAGCUCCGGCCUCCAUAUCGCAUCGCCACCUUCAGGGUAAAGUGGGAAUUGCUCCAGAGACCUCGUUACUGAUGGGGGCUGUGCCCGCUCAGGGAGCUCCUGGUGAGCAGGGACCUGCAGGUCCUCAGGGUGAAAAGGGAAGAGAUGGGCUUCCUGGCAGAGAUGGGAAGCCAGGGUCUCAAGGGCUGCCAGGUCCUAUUGGGCCUCGAGGGGAGGCCGGGGCAAGGGGCCCAUCUGGAGCCCCUGGAUCAAAAGGAUCCCCUGGACCAGCAGGCCCCCGUGGUCCAACAGGACUGCCAGGAGGGAGAGGUCUUCCAGGCCCGCCUGGCCCACCGGGGCCUCCAGGCCCUGCAGGUUCCCCAGCACCAGCCAGUGCCCGCAUCCCAGAACCGGACCACAAUCGUGGAAAAGACCCUUUCUUCACCAACACCUUCCACGACUCUCGAGGGAUACCUGUUCCAGGACCUCAGGGGCCUCCCGGACCUAUUGGUCCCCCAGGUCCUAAAGGCCCGGCAGGACCUCCUGGUCCAGCAGGACAAAAUGGAAAACCUGGAGUGCCUGGAACGCAGGGCCCCGUGGGGCCAAAGGGAGAACGUGGGGAGAGAGGACCUUCAGGUUACCCGGGAGAGAGGGGCUUGAGAGGCGAGCCGGGAGCACCAGGACCAAAAGGAGAACCGGGAGAGAAGGGAUUGCCGGACAUUAGCUUGCAGAUGUUCCACAACUUGCAGGCAGACCUUGAGCUUCUGACUCGCAGGGUGACACUGCUGGAGGCUAUCAUCUGGCCAGAGCCUGAUCUAGGGUCUGGGGAUGGACCGUUUGGCACAUCCUCCCCUAGUUUCUACAGAGAUAAGCGAUCAGGUUCAAUUCCACAUCGACUUGCUUCUCCUCUGUCCUCCGACACCAAGGUUCGAGGAAAGUAGCCACCCCCUGGCUCACCCUGAGGAUCACAGGCGGGGGGAGAGGCUUGACUUCCCCUCCUAUAAGUCUCAUCAACACUCAACAGAGUUAGACGUUAACUGACACCCUCUCUGGGCUGUACCAUCUAAUAUAGGAUGGGGGACACCUCAGGGAAACUCCACUGGUACUCGACAAUGCCCUGCUCCAUCGGGAACCUGAGAACUAGUUCGAACCCCAUCCAUCGCCAUAACCAAACAAUUUACCUUUACACAAUACUUCCAGCUGCUCUUUCUGUUUUUCAUUUGUUUGGCUACAGAACUCCAAGCCUCACAAUUAGGAUGAUGAAAAAAGUCUGAAUCUUCUGUGGUGCUCCUCGAGCUACAAACGGUCCUGGAGAAUAAAGGUCAUUUAGAGUAAUCAUGUGAAAGAGAAGUCAGAUGUGAGAAAAGUGACUGGAUUUGAGUUUUUGUUGCUUUCACAAUAUAACUGCAACCUAAACAGAAUUCAUUAUUUAAGCACAUGGAGUCUGUACAGUUUGCGGGACAUGACUACACAAACAAAACUCCUCCUAUAGUAUGUAAUUUGUUAUGCUUCUAUCAUAUUGUUUAUUCAAUGUUAUGUAGUGCACUAAAAAGAUUAAGUGAUCCGUUCACUAACUGAGAUAAGUGCUGAUAACGGUGAUUUGUACUUUUCUGGUCCCUCCCCUCCUCCUUUAAAGUAUGUACUGAUAAAGCGUUUCGACAUUUAAACUGGGUAAACGUGCACAAACAUUUGCAUCUUGUUUAAGCCUCCACAUAUUUAGAAACGGCCAUAAAUGAUGUUGCAAUCUGGAAACAUGUUGAAAGGAAAACAGACCUCACAGGAUAUUUCAUGAUCUUUAGCACACACACACACACACACACACACACACACACACACACACACACACACACACACACACACA